AUGGAUUUUAAGACCUUGAAAUUGAUGAUCUUUCAUGGUUCUUUAGCAAGACGUGUACUUUUACGUGCUCUAAUGGUGAUUACUGCUUUGUCAAUUGUUCCUCUACUGCAAAUCAUAUCUGGGGUUGACCUUGAAUCUGGUUAUUCAAGUUCAUUUAUAUUCCCAGGCACUUUUGCCUUCUCUAAAGCUUGGGGUUCAUUUAAAAUGGUUCAAUAUGGAGGAAAUGGGAACUUGACAACCAGUGUGGUUAAAGAGCUAAUGGGAAAGAACAUGUUGAAUUACAGUGCAAAAGCUCUAUGUGUUGGUGAAGGUUCAAUGUCAGCUGUCAUGGCAUUGAAAGACUUGGGAUUCUUUGAUGUUCAUGGGGUUUAUAGGCACCCCUUUUUCUCUCUUAAGCAUAAGAAGUUCAUUUAUGAGCUUGAUUAUGAAGACAAAUCUUAUGAUUUUGUGUUGUCAAGGGAUUUAGAUAAAGUAUCUGUCCCUGCGCUUCUUGUGCUUGAGAUUGAACGUGUUCUUAAACCAGGUGGAAUUGGUGCUAUACUUAUUGGUCCUACUGGUUCAGACCCUACUAGCUUGAUUAGAUCGGCUACACCGGUUUCUUCUCUAUUGAAAGCUUCUAUUGUUGUUUAUGUUGAUCAUUUGAAUGAGCUUACAUUAGUUGUAUUCGAGAAGAAACUUGAAAACGUCACUUACUUUGAGCAAUAUCGUCUCCCUGCUGAUUGUCCAUCUAUGACAAACAACAAAGCUAUAAUGAAUCAUAUUGAGCCUCUUAUGGAAGUGAAACCAAUGGAGUUUGAGGAAAACAUUGCUUAUUUGCCUGAGUUUGUUAAUGUAUCUUCGAAGCAACGGUUGGUUUAUAUUGAUAUCGGGGCCAGUGAACAUAUGAACUCGAAUGUUUCAAGCUGGUUCUUCCCAUCUUAUCCUUUGGAUCAUAAAGCUUUCGAUGUUUAUUUCGUUGAUCAUAAUAUUUCAGUGAUGCUAUCUUAUAUCAAAAGAGCUGGUAUUAACUUUGUUUAUUACCCUGGCCUUGCUGAAAACCGAGCUGCAUUGAGUUCAACUAAUAGGGAUUCGGAUCCAUAUGUUGAAGAUGAAGGGUUUGACUUUCAACUCUGGUUUAAAGAUACAGUCCAAUAUGCAGAUUAUGUGGUUCUGAAAAUGAAUGCAGGUGAUGUGGAGUUGCAACUUCUAUCAGAUUUGUUUGAAAGUGGAAUCAUAUGCUUCAUCGAUGAACUUUUUCUUCACUGCUCGGACCGAACUGAAAGUGGACAAGCUGUGAAAGGAAGAGACUGUAUGAGUCUCUUCAAGUCCCUUAGAAGAGCUGGUGUUUAUGUGCAUCAAUGGUGGGGAGCUUAG